AUGAAUCUUUUCUGUUUUUCACUGGAAGGCUCCAUGGAGAGCUUAUAUGAGCGAGUCCCAGAGCAACAAGUUAACCAAGAAAACACCUCUGGAAGCACAGAUUCUCCUCCUUUUGGGAACAGUGGGAAAGCACACAAUCUCUUCACGGCAGUUCCUGAUUUUGAGAAUACAAAAUCAAAACGAAAGUCAACUUGGAGAUCUAUGUCUAAAAACAAAGUAUUUGAAGGGAAAACUGUGAGUCAAAUAUUCUGGCAGGAACCCAGAAAUUCUGAGAAUGAUUCCUACAGCAGAAGACUCUGUCAGCAAAAAGAUAUAGAUGAAGAUGAUUUCCAUUUGAGUAAUAAUAUACGUACUCCUCAAGGAAAAAACCCACAAGAUCUUCCCUAUCAGGUAACACACGAAAGCUGGAGCCCUUUCUAUUCCCAAAGAUAUGUUAAUACUCUUUCCAUAAUAGGAACUGUCUCAAAAAUAGCCAUAAAACCAGAUGGUGACCCAGUGGAAUCAAUAAGAACAUUAAAGCGACGACAGAAACUGGUCCAAACCAAGAAAGCUGGGGUUCAGAGUCUGAAUGAGAUGAAAUCUACAUUCAUAAAUCUCCAUGAUAGAGAUGAAGCAGUGACUUCCUGCAUGAAAUUAGUCAAAAUCCAAGAAAAGAAAGUUAGUAAUCCUAACACGAGGAUGAAGGGAAAAAUGGAGACAAAGUUGGAUUCUAUUUCUGCAUCCCUGCUUGGACCUCAUGCUUCAAACGGAUACAGCAUGGCAGAAAUGUUAUCCCACAAUGAAGGUGAAGUUCACAUGUGGAACAGCUGGAAGCCUUUCACAGAACAUCCACCUUGGACAUGUUUUGAUUUUCAAGCUGCUCAAGUUGGUCCCUGGUAUAACAGUUUCCAUUGUUCUCGCCAUGCGCGUCUCAAGACUUCUUGUACAGAUAUGGAUCUCCAACAUUAUUGGCGCAGCAGUAGUUUUGGGAAUUUUGAUCGUUUUCGGAAAAAUUCCAUUGCAAAAUCAGAUAAUUCAACUGAGGUACAUGAAGAGGAACUCACAAAUAGAAGUGAAGAACACAAAAGUUCAAAUAAUGCAGGUUUGGGUAAAAAAAUGAGAAAUAUCUCUUGGACAAUGAAGAAAAAAGUGGCUAAAAAGUAUAUCAAAGCUCUUUCCGAGGAAAAGGAUGAGGAAGAUGUAGAGGAUACUCUGCCUUGUCGGAAUAGUGAUCCCAUGAUUGGGACUCACAUGGAGAAGAUCUCCCUUGAAGCCAGCGACUCCAUGGACAGUAUCUAUAGUGGACAUAGCUCAUCAAGUGGAUUCACAAGCUGUUCAGAUGGUACAAGUAACAGGGAUAGCUUUCGACUUGACGACAAUGGCCUCUACACUGGACCAUUCCGAGGCCGGGCCAGGGUGCAUACUGAUUUCACGCCAAGCCCUUAUGACACUGAUUCCCUCAAAAUCAAGAAAGGAGACAUCAUAGACAUUAUCUGCAAAACACCAAUGGGGAUGUGGACAGGAAUGUUGAAUAAUAAGGUGGGAAACUUCAAGUUUAUCUAUGUGGAUGUCAUCUCAGAUGAGGAAGUUACCCCCAGGAAAACAAAGGCACACCGAAGGAGUGGCACCGAAAAGCAUAAGAGUCUGCAAGAGUUCUUAGAGAUGAUUCAACUUCAGGAAUAUACCUCAACACUUCUGCUCAAUGGUUAUGAGACCCUGGAAGAUUUAAAGGAUAUAAAAGAGAGUCAUCUCAUUGAAUUAGACAUCAAUAACCCAGAAGACAGGAUGAGGUUACUAUCAGCUACUGAAAGUCUCCUUGAUGAAGAAACUAUUCAGGAACAAGAAAAUGAAUCCGUGCCCUUAUCCUUAAGUCCAGGCACCUCUUUAAAUAAGUCACAGCUAGAUGACUGCCCGAGGGACUCUGGUUGCUAUAUCUCAUCAGAAAAUUCAGAUAAUGGCAAAGAAGAUCUGGAGUCUGGAAAUCUGUCAGACAUGGUACAGCAGAUUACUAUCACAGAACCAAGUGACUGAACAGACACUCUCAGCUUUGUCCCUACAGAAGCACUCUAUUUUAACUCUUUUGGAGCUUCAAUUCUAAG